UUUUUCUACUCUUUAAGAAAUACAUACGUAACAUAAUUAAUUAUGCCAACAAUCCAGAAAACAGAAGCGCCGGGAAAAAAAUACAAAUGUGUUUGUUACGUGUGUAACGCCAUACCGCUCUAGGCGGCGGUCUGCUGGAACAGCUUUACGCCACACUCACCACAGUCCACAGCGCAGCGCAUUUUUACCGUGAUUACUGUUGACGCAUUCAUCAGCGACAUGGACAUCGGGAGAAUGUGCAUGUUUCCUAUGCGACGCGAGCAGUUGUUGGAGCUCCACUACCAACUGCCAACGGAUCGGUUUUUCAAAUCUCUGGACGCCGAUGGCCAUUUGAACUACACGUGCGAUUUCAUGGUGAACGCAGGGCCCAGUUAUCCGCAGAUCGAGUGUGGCCAGUGGACCGUCACAUUGACGGUGGUAGACGGAGUCGGGGAUUAUGGUGAUCCGGAAUUGUCGGUCGCGGCGGCUGUGCAUCCCAAAGAUAAAAAGCUGACGUCGGCCACGCCAGUGUCCGUCCACUGCAAAGUGCGAGCCAGGAAAUCCAGAUCAUAUGAUCAUCUCUUACGCAUCGGUCCCAAAGGAGCAACGAAAACGUCCAAACCCGAAAAUCAGGCUGAUCUUAGUGAUCUGAUGGAAGACAUCCGUCCGUCGCACAGUUAUGGUUCCAAGGAUCAGCAUAUCCUCUGCUCCGACCGGACGGUGCACGUUUAUUUGACGUUCCGCAUUCCGUCCACCACCCCUACCACCCAGGCGGACAUACAGCGUCUGCGCGACCAGCAGGUGCAUGAUGGCGUCCUCCAGUGUGCUGAUCGGGAGUUCCCGAUCCACCGCUUCCUUCUGGCCACCCACUCUCCCGUCUUUGCUGCCCGCUUCCAGAACGCGAUGGACGAGGGACCGUCGACAACUAUGGACGUUGACGAUGUCAGCGCGGAGACCUUGGCCGCCAUGUUGGAGUUUGUAUACAGCCGCGCGGCGGUGACGGCCGAUGUGACCGGCGGCCUGUUGCAGUUGUAUUCCGCGGCUGGUCGGUACGGGAUGGCGGAGCUGCGCCGGGAGUGUGUGCGCGUGCUGCGGGAAAGGGAGACGGGCUUUCCGGUGUUCUGUUUUUCUGGGUUGCACGUGGAAGCCGAGAAGCAGGCGGUUAUCGCCGCGGUCAAGUCGCUCGGUGGUCAGUACAUUGAUUCCCUCACGUAUGAGGCCGGUGGCACGCAUCUGCUGAUCCGGGCCCCCACGCGCAAUGAGAAAUUUCUGGCGUUUGCGGCGGCCGGCAAAUGGAUCCUGCACAUGCAGUACAUUCAGGAUUCCCUUACCGCGGGACACUUUCUGCCGGAGGACAUGUACGAAUGGGGCAAUGUGGAGAAAACCUGCAUCAACACGACGGCCCAAGAAAGCGAUCUCGCUAUGGCGGCAUGCCGCUGGCGCCGGUGUGUCGAGCGAACCGGUCAGGGCGCUUUUGCCGACUGGAAAGUUGUCCUGGUGGCCGAGGCCAACCGUGCCAAGGGCUACGCAGCCUACGCUCGUGUCCUGCAAGCCGGAGGCGCCACCCUCUUAACCGACAAACCGCCGUAUUCUCCUUUCGUCAGCGCGGCCACGCAUCUCUUACGCGAAACGAAAGGUUCCGCGAUGAAUGCGGCGGAACUGGCGUGUUUUGAGGAUGCCGGUGUGGCUUGUCACGGGAUGGACUAUUUGGGGCGCUACUUGUGCCAACCCCACGGGGACGCGGCCAAAGCAGCCAAGAGUCGACCGGCUCCGCAGGAGGAGGAAGAGCUUGCACCGAGUGCCAAACACAUGCGCCGAUGA